GAUCUGGACUCCAGUGUUACCUACCACUUGCUAGUGGUAUAUAGGAGCGCUAGCUCGGCUCAGCACAGCUCAGCUGUCUCAGCUCUCUACCGUCUCCUCCCGUCGCUGCUGUGCUGCUUCCUCCAUUUUCCGGCGAGGCAAUGUCGUCUCCACCAACGUCCGGAGGAGCGAACAAGACACAGGAGGAGGUGCUUCCCCCAACCCUGGGUUCCAAUUCUCACCCACCAAAUCUCUUUGACGGCACAACAAGGCUCUACAUAUCCUACAUAUGCCCAUACGCGCAGAGAGUCUGGGUUGCUAGGAACUACAAGGGGUUGCAAGACCAGAUUGAACUGGUUGCGAUUGAUUUGCAAGACAAGCCCGCGUGGUUCCUUGAGAAAGUUUUCCCAGCGGGCAAGGUCCCCGUGCUGGAGCACAAUGGCAAAGUCAUAGGAGAGUCCUUGGAUCUACUCAGGUACCUCGACGCCAACUUUGAAGGCCCCAAGCUGCUUCCUGAUGACCCUGCGAAGCAAGCUUUUGCUGAUGAGUUGAUCCAUGACAGUGAUUCUGUCAUCGUAGCCUUGUUUAAGGCCGGCCGUGCUGAAGGAGAUACAAUCAGUGACCUAGUUGGUCCUGCUCUUGACAAGAUCGAGGAGUCCCUGGGGCGUUUCUCUGACGGACCCUUUCUCCUGGGUCAGUCCAUGAGCGCUGUUGAUAUAAUGUAUGCGCCGUUCGUUGAACGGUUCAAGGAUUUCUUUGCUGCAGUGAAGCAUUACGACAUGACAGAAGAAAGGCCUAAACUCAAGGCAUGGAUCGAGGAGCUGAACAAGAUAGAUGCUUAUGCAGCGACCUGGGGGGAUCGCCGUGUGCAGCUGGCCGCCAUGAUGAAGAAGUUCGGGCUGGAAAUCCCAGUAGCCUGACCUGAUCGAGCCAGGGGAGCUUCUGCUUCUCAUGGACUGAACCACAAGAUACUACGAUUCCACCUCAACGUACCCACUUAUCCAAUAGUCCUUGUUUGUUUCAUUUCAUGCUGUAUAAGUUGGAUUGGAAAUAAGCUACUAAGCUAGGUGGGGUUGUUAUCACCCCACCUGAAUAAGAUGUGCUCAACUGAAUAA